UAACAAUUGCGCAUGCGUCGAAAGUGGUGUAUUAUAAACUCCGCGCCAAAAACUGAAACCUUCGUUUAGAUUCGUAUAUGUAUGUUAAUUGUAUAAGCAUAAAUUAUUGGUAAAUUUUUUAAUAGAAAAAUAAUUUUUUGUUGGGUGCUGUAAAAAUAUUGUAAUUGUAUAAUUUGUGCAUGGAGGGUUUGAAAUGUCUCAACACGGUGCUGCUUUGCAAACUUAUAAUCAAGAACUUGUAAAGUGUAAAUUUAUAUUUAUUUAUUUGUAAUCAAUGUAAUUAAUACGAUAUGUUUGUUUUAUUAUUAUUUUAUAUUCAAAUACGAACAUAAAGUAGAAAUGAAUUUUAAUAUAAUAUUAAAUGGUUUAGAAGAGAUGAAAUUAAGGCGUACAGAGUUACAAGCGGAAAUUGAAUCUCAGGAAGAAGAAAAAAAUCAUUUGCAAAGAGAAAUAGAAAAGUUGUCUUAUAAAUUAACACGUCUAAAUGAUAGUUUAACUAAAAAGAUAGCAGUCAGAAAUGAAUAUGAUAGAACUAUUACAGAUACAGAAACAGCAUAUGUAAAGAUUUUGGAAAGUUCACAACUUUUAUUAAAUAUGAUCAAGAGAGAAGCUACAAAUUUAGACCAAACAUUAGUUAAAGCUAACAUGGACAAGCAACAGUGUUAAUGAUAAAUGUAAAAUAAAAAUUAAACAAAAUGGAGAACA